AGGCCACCAAUGCCAUCACCCGGGGAGACGCGCCCCACAGCGCCAUUGCCAAGCUCCGACGUGAUAUGGACUUCAAUAUCAUGAACCCCUUGCGAUGCCACGUUGUGAAUAACCGGAACAUGAAGUCCUACCUGGACAAGCGUAGGCGUAGACUCUUGGAGUAUAACAUCGCCAAGAGGGAGAUGGAUGACUGCAUCAAGAAGCAUUUGCACCAGACGGACCGCAAGUACUUGGCCGCUCAGUCGCAGCUGGAUUCCGCCAAGCUGGCCUUCCACGAGGUGGACAAGCAUAUCUUCGAGUGGUUGUACAUCUUGGAAGAGUACAAGGGCGACAUCCUGGACAGCUGCCUUCAGACGCUGAAGUACCUGCAGUAUGAGUUCUUCGCCACAUCGGCUCACUCCAUCUCAGGCGUGCUGCCGGCGCGCAUGGAAUUCCGGCCUAUGGGACGCGGAUUUGGUUCCCAUGGCCACUCCGACGAAUCGGACUCGGAGGUCGAGAUGACACCGGAGCACUUGGAAGCGCAGGUCGAGAUGGCUCUCCAAGAGGCAGAGGAGAACCAGGAGGACGACGUGGUCACCGACUUCUCCGCGCGGCUCAUCGAGAAGCUGGCCAAGGACAAUAAGAACAAGCCCGGAGAGGGCUUAGACUCCGCCGCUGACGAUGGGCCGUCGGUGCCGGUGGAUCCCUUGUCGCUCUCCUCUCUUCUCUCCCAAGGCUUCGACGAAGGCCCUGCACGGCAAGCCUUGCGGAAGUUCAAGAACGACACGCAGGCGGCCCUGGACUUCCUCAUUGGGGGUGGAGCGGCUGAGGAGGAAGCGGAGGAAGCCGUGCGCAUGCCCACCACCGUCCGAAGAGUCCAGAGGUUGAAGGAAAGGCGGCGAGCACAGCAGGCACGCCGAAAGGAUGAGGAGGACAGACGCAAAGAGACGGAAGUGAGUCGCAGGGAAGCGCCCACCUCCCCGGCCUCGCCUGCCUCGCCGCCCAAGAAGUCGGAUCCCGCCCCUGCCGUGGACCUCCUGGAUUUCAACAGCGACAGCCACAACAAGGCGGCCGCUUCGCCCGCCAAGGGCGCCGAUCUGCUGGACUUUGGCUCCGCCUCCGAAGCCGCGCCAGCCGCGCCAGCCGCGAGCCGCGGCGGAGGGGACUUGUUGGACCUGGCAGGCUUUGACGAGCCCCCGCCACCCACAGACUUCUCAAAGCAGGUGGAGACGGUGCCGCUCCCCGAGCAGCUGACUUUGGAUUUGUCGAAGUGUGAGAAGGGUCCCCUGCCGGGUCCAGGCGGCUACAACUGAGCUGCCCGGCGCGCGAG